AGGGAGCCGAACGCGCAUUUAAAGCGAUAGCCAUCCUCGCUCUCUCCCCAGUGCUGGGCUGUUGGAGAGCUCGAGCUGCAAGCCACCGAGCGCGAGCUCGAGCGCGGCGCGCUGGCCGGGGAACCCAAGAGCGCACGGCGCCCCAAGCUGGCAGGCGUCGCGGGACCCCCCACCCUCGCCGGCUGCCCUUCCCCGGGCGCCCCUACCCUCCUCGCCCGCAGGAGACCCUGGGCUUCCCCGGAGGAGCUCACCCCAAGGGGCCAGGACUCCGGCGAGCCCGCCACCGUCCCCUCGAGUGCCGCCGCCACCACCGCAGCCGCGGGAGCAGUAUGGUCCAGUUGGGGAAGCUGCUCCGCGCCCUGACUUUGAUGAAGUUUCCCUGCUGCGUGCUGGAGGUGCUUCUGUGCGCGCUGGCGGCGGCGGCGCGCGGCCAGGAGAUGUACGCCCCGCACUCCAUUCGGAUCGAGGGGGACGUCACCCUCGGGGGGCUGUUCCCGGUGCACGCGAAGGGUCCCAGCGGAGUGCCCUGCGGCGACAUCAAGAGGGAGAACGGGAUCCACAGGCUGGAAGCGAUGCUCUACGCCCUGGACCAGAUCAACAGCGAUCCCAACCUGCUGCCCAACGUGACGCUGGGAGCGCGGAUCCUGGACACUUGUUCCAGGGACACUUAUGCGCUCGAACAGUCGCUCACUUUCGUCCAGGCGCUCAUCCAGAAGGACACCUCCGAAGUGCGCUGCACCAACGGCGAGCCUCCGGUUUUCGUCAAGCCCGAGAAAGUAGUUGGAGUGAUUGGGGCUUCGGGGAGUUCGGUCUCCAUCAUGGUAGCCAACAUCCUGAGGCUUUUCCAGGUUGAUGGGCGCUACGGGAUAAGGAAAAGGAUGUGAAGCUCACUGAAGAGGCUUGGGUUGGGAGUGCUGGAGGAGUGUACAGGUGGGGAAAAUGUACCAGCGUGUAUGCCUACUGGGACCACGUUUUCCAGAACAGUUAAGCCCAGUAUCAACUGUGCUGUCCCACCUUCCUCUCUUAGUGAGAAGAGAGCAGGCUGAAUGGAAGAAAGUCAUUAUGACCACUGAGGCCACUAGGAUUUCUCUGUGUGUGUGUCCCCAUGAUGAAAACAUCAUUAAAGUAAAAUAUCAUGAAUAGACUCUUAAGAAGCAGAGUCUACUGAAAGUCCUGGAAAAUAUGAAAGCACUAAUAUUCACGGACAACUCUACACUCUGAAAGUUACUCCAAAUUUUGUUGAUCUCUCUUUUGUCUAGGAGUUUUUCAUAUUUUCUACCAUGAUCAUUUGUUAGUUUUAUAAUUACAUAAUAAAGGCAUUACAUCAUACAA